AUCGAAAGCAAUGCAUUGCGUCGUAUUAAUUAAUAAAAUCAGAACACUCACAUGCCUACUAUACCUAUGAGUCAAGCAUUGAUCUAAUCUGUAUAAUAACUUUCAAAUAAGUAUAACGAGUAAUAACAAAAACCUAAAACAUAAGUUAGGUAAAUCAACACAAAGUUUGUCGUUUACGAUUAUUUCAUAACCAUUAAAACCGGGUUAAUUUGUACAACAAAAUCACGCACCGGGCGAUCGAUACAUAUGUUUUGAUGGUAUCUAUCCUUCGCGUGAUUUAGUGUAUUUAUGUUCAGACAGGUUACGGUUAUUUGGAAAAUACCUAAUGUUGUGACGGGAAAUGGAUUUGUCUUUUUUUCUUACUUGUCAUGUCCAACACGAUCUGGAAUAUAAUAAAUAUUAUUUUUAUUCGACGCCUUUAUUUGAAGUGUAGUGCUAAAAUCAGAAAGUAAACCAUUGAGUUGAAAAAUGUGAACGACAUGAGGGUGUAUCCAGAAGUUAAACCGAAACACGGCUACAAAAACAAUGUAAAGGAUCGGCCAGAUUCCGCUGAUGUUAGUGGCUUGACACUUUUUGUUACCAGCCUUCGUCAUCAAACGACAGAGUUCUUCAACAAUUCGACUUUGCAUGGCGUUAGGUAUAUCGCCGAGAAAGAGAGACCUUUUUGUGAAAAAUUUAUGUGGUUUAGUUUUACAGCCGUCGGUGCAGUGACUACGUGCAUUAUCAUCGUGAGUUUGUGGGAAAAGUUUCAAACAAAUCCUACAAUUACAGGAUUGGACACUGAUUUUCAUAAUUGGGAUGUACCUUUUCCGGCAGUUACCGUUUGCGAUAUAAAUCCAGUAGAUGAGGAACUAUUAGAGGAAUACAUAGAGAAUGUAUGGGGGUCGGAUCCGCCGGAACAAGCAGCGGAUGUGUUGCGUUGGCUGACGACGCUCAGUUAUAGCUCUAUAGUAGAGCAUGCAUCAGAAUUUACGCAAUACCCAGAGCUCGUCGGUCAUAGCGACCACGACGCUCCGGCCCUCGCUAAAGAUCCCAAAGAUGCUGUCUUCAAAAUUGUUCGCCACUGCGAGUCAAUGUUUUAUGAUUGCGAGUGGAAAGGAGACUCCGAGGAAUGUUGUGAUCUGCUGAUACCAGUAUUUACGGAAAUGGGAUUCUGCUAUGCGUUUAAUUCCAGACAUGCAGGGAAAACGGGGCCCUCGCAAUCACAAGUUGAACAAUUUGUAGAGGCAUUUAUUCACGAAACUGAUGCCAAAUGGUCAAUUAUGUUUAAUACUGAUCGUAAAAAUACUACAUUUGAUAUCUACAUUCAUUCAACAGAGGAAAUGGCCGGGUUGGAACAAAGUGCACAGCACUCGUGGGACCGACGCGUGGAGAAGGUUUCUUUUUCAGUGAAACACACUUACACCACCGAGGACGCGCGGCAGUUGUCCAUCCGUCAGCGACGCUGUAUAUUCGCUGAUGAACAACGUUUGGAGACGUCCAAAGUUUACACGUACUCGGCGUGUAUGCGGCAGUGCCGUAUGCAAAGAUGUCGCUCGUUUUGUAAAUGCGUGCCACAUUUCUAUCCUACUUUAAAGGGUUACAGACAUUGCACGUUGCGUGAACUAGAAUGUAUUGCGAAUCAUGCAGCAUCUAUAACGGAUGUGACGCGAUGCUCUUGUGAGCUUGGUUGUUCACACACCGUUUACGAAGUUGAAAAGCUUUCUGAUGUCGAUAUGUCAAGAAGCGGGGGAACUAGUUCUUUGGAAAUAGAAUUCGUGUCGUGGCCGAUGGUGCGUUACAAGCGAGAAGUUCUCUUCGGUUGGGUCGAUUUGUUAGUAUCGUUCGGCGGCAUCGCGGGCUUGUUCCUGGGGUUCUCGCUGCUGUCGGGCGUGGAGGUGGUGUACUACUUCACGCUGCGCGCGUGGUGCGCGGCGGUGCGCGACGCGCCGGCGCUGCGCCGCGAGCGCGCGGAGCGGCAGGCGCGGGACAAGCCGCCGCACAACCUCAGCCUGGUGCCCUGGUGGAAAGAGCCGCCGUUACCUCGGAGCUCACGUCCCAUCAUGGUGCGAGAGAAGAAUUCGCAGCCACCACAAUCCUCACAGCCACCUGGGUACACCCCCUACUUACCUUAGGAGUUUCUUAAUAUUGUUUUUUUCACUAAACUCAAUUAUGAGCUAAGUCAAUCAAAUUGUAAACACUUACGCACAAUAAAAUAACACAAAUCGUGG